AUUUCAACGCACGAGGAUCGACAAUCGCGAGGUGAUUUUUAAUUUAAAUAUUUUUUUUUUUUUUUUUUUUUUUAAAUAACGGGUUGAGCGCGAGCGCUCCAUAUUCUGCGGUCUGGCGGUUUCGUCCGUCGGCUUCUGAGCGUCAAAUUAUUAACUUUUAUCAUUAACAAACUUCGCUUCACAAUCGUGUAAGAAAAUAAUUAAUUUACCUCAGGAGAGAACUUCAUCUUCAUUUACUGACGUUUGCGAUGGAGGUAAAUAAUGCAGCAAAAAUUAAAAUCAAGCUGGAUGCAAACGAAGUGAAGAUGCCAUCCGAUCUGUUUCAUAGUGGAGGAUCAGACUCAUACAACUCCACAUACAAGAUUCAGAACGAUUACAGAGAAGAAAGUAGAAGACUGUCUGAGACCUUUACCCCUGAUUUUUCCCUUUAUGAGCCUCUACCCUACCAUUCCUGGUCAAUGCAGGACAAACAUUAUCAACUGAUGGAUUGUGCUCCAGGCACCCCCAAAAACAGGAAUCUUAAAGACAGCAUUGACUGUGGAAGUGAGACUGAUCUCUACGGAUUAGUGUCCAACAUCUUGGAAGAGGGUGAUCCGACGGACUCGUACUUCUCUCAAGAAAUAUCAACUGGUCUUACGAGUGGCUGGAUCCCGAAGUCCCCGAAAGAGAAUAGCUUGCAGUACCAUAAUUCUGAGGUAAAAGUACAGUCCAGUUCUGGAAUGCAGCACUAUUCCAAGCCCGGCAGUAAACUCCAGACUUGUCCAUUGGAAAGAGACUCUGAUCAAUUUGCUGACAUGUUAUCACAUUUCAGUGGCUUUGAAGCUGCUGACCCAUCGUGGCCCUUUUACACCUGCAAUGGAGACUCUAAAUCUGAAUCCUACAAUCCAGCUUUUCUGAAUUUUCCCAGACCACCUCCUGGUCUCGAUAUCUCACAUGCCAUUAUGUCUCAGUUCUCCAAGAGCAGACCAGGUAAAUCAGAGCAUUGCACCUCUGUCAAAGACAGCAGCUUUCACAGCACAAGUGAUGAGAUUUCUGAAAGCCUGGAUGUCUUUAAUGAUAAUUACUGCCCUCCAACCAAAAUGAAUGACUCCUACUUUAGCUCAUACCACGAUUUCUCUGGCUUACCUGGACCUAAAAUUGAAAAGAACAGACCUUUCUCUAUGCAGGAUGGCAACAAACUGGCUAAAAACAUGGAAGCUCUAUUUAUAGGGCAGCAGGGGGGCAUGUAUAAUAGAGAAUCAGUUCAGAGUAAUGCGAUGAAUGCUCAGGAUGAAAAUAUUAUUGAUGUGAAGGGUUUACCACAGCAAUGGAUGUCAACAUUUGAAGCUCAUAUCGCAAAUUAUAAGAGAGAACUCGCAAGGGAGCAAACUGAUAGUGAAGCUAAGAAUAUAUCUGCUAAGGAGUUUGCAGAUUUUGGUCAGCAGUCAACAGGCUACUUUGAAUGUCCUAAACCCUUCUCAUCCUCUUUCAACUUUGCAACUCACCAAAGCAAAGAAGCCAACCAGAGAGAAGCAAGAAAUCUCCAAACCAGCCUCUAUCAGUACCACCAUGGGCAGUCAAAUCAGAACAACUGUUACACCAAGCUACCACCAAAAGUCAACCCUGAUUCUCAAAAUACGUCAAAAUUUAUGUCUCAGUCUGUGGCUGAGUUUGGACCUGUUCUGUCUCAGCAGCAGAUGCAGAGGACUGUACCUAGAAUACACAGUGCUUAUGGGCAGUGCGAUGGUAGGAUGGGUCGUAUGGGCCUGAGUUUAGGUUUAGAGAGCCUGGGAAAAACAGGAGGUGCUCUAGAGAGAGGAGCUUUUGACCUACAAUCAGAGAUGGGCAGAUUGCAGACACCAUCAGCUGCAACCUUCAUAGGUGAACCCCACGCUGCUCCACGUUUCGGAGUAAAGCCUAGAUCUCCAGCUGACAUUUCCAAAGAGGCAGACAAGAGAAAAACUCUGCUGCAGAACCCACAUCGGAUACUUGGCAAUAUGUAUGCAGGUCAGGCCAGACACAAUGGUGCAAAACCUGCACCAUCCCAGAUGUUUCCUUGCUUGUACCAGAUGGGAGUUUCUGGACAGAACCAACGCCACAUGUUCACUUCUCGAUCCCCACUGACCUACAGUGGCUCAGUGUCUGUAGUGGACCUGAGUAAACUACGGCCAGAUGCGGAAUUCCCCGUCCUAAACCCCUACCAUCGGGAGAAGAUUGGGCCGGUCCUAGCUGUGGGAGACAAGCCCUUUCCUGGGUUCCUGAGGUCAUAUAACCAAAAGAACAGCUAUGUUGGGCCUAUGAGCCAGCUGCAGUAUUAUCUGGAAGAGUGCUUUGAACAGUGGAGUGUUUUGGAGAAAGAGAGAAAGAAGACGGAAGCUCUUCUGAUGAAAAGCUUUCCAGGCACCUGUAUAACUGUGACGAGUACUAACUCUGCGCCCAAGUUGCCUCAAAAUCCCACCAGAGUGGACAAGUUAAUAGUGGACCAGUUUCGAGAGCAAGCCAAGGUGAUGAGCUUGUUGGGGAAGAUGGAACGCUUGCGGAGUUUUCCUCUCCAUGCUAACAUCGGAUCGGCACAGGACAGGCACUUGAACGCCAUCUACGCCACUCAGGCACGCCGCAAGGAUGAGUUACUAAACAGCAGUAGACAGAGACGGGGUAUGGCCAACCUCAGAGAAAACAGAGAUAUACUGCUUUUGGCCUCUGCACUAAAGGACCUUAGCAGGAGCACCAGGUCUUCCUGCACCGCUCUAUGGUGUGCUUUGCAGAUGACUCUUCCCAUAAGAAGCAGCAGUGCUGAGAACAUGGAGGAGGGGGCCAUAUCUUCAUGUUCAGCCCAUGACAGUUCUGACCAGAUCAUCCCGGAGAAAGCAGUGUGACUUUGUGCACUUAGUGGAGUGAGUGAAUGUUGUUGCAUAAGUUAUUAGACUGCAGUGAAACAGUAGGUUCAGUUCGGAGCAAUAGAUGGAAUCUUUAGUUGGUUAAAAUUUCUUUGAUUUAUUAAUAAUCCUAUAUAUUGGUCUUAUAUAAUUAUAUAUAUCUAUAAAUAUACGUAUAUAUACAUAUAUAUAUAUAUAUAUAUAUAUAUAUAUAUAUAUAUAUAUAUAUAU